AUGGCUCGUACAAUUCUGGCUUUUCAACAUGAUGCCAGUCUUCAUACACUGAAAACUACCGUGAUAUCAAUUUCCCCAUUCAAUUCUCUCGACGAAUCCAGCCGUCAACUGUUCAAAGAUGCCGACGAAAAGCACCAUGUUAUUGUCACUGAGCAAACCAUCUUCCACCCUCAAGGAGGUGGCCAACCCUCAGAUACCGGCACGCUGAAAGGCCCCUCGGGAAAUUUCACUGUCACAGCAGUUCGCAUGGAUGCAACUGGACAAGUGCUCCACCUCGGCCUCUUCGGGGACGGCUCCUCAAUUCUGCAGGGAGAGACAAUUGAGCAAGCGAUUGAUGUCGACAAGCGUUUGCUGUACUCCCGUCUACACACCGCUGGCCAUGUGUUGGGCUCAGCCGUUCGACAUCUGCUAGAAAAGGAAAUCGAGAACUUCGACGAGCUGAAAGCCUCUCACUUCCCCGAUUCGGCAGCCUGUGAAUUCCAAGGCUCGAUCGAAGGAAAGUGGAAGGAUCCCAUUCAGAACAAGUUGGAUGAAUUCCUCGCCGCAAAAAUGCCAGUUCAAAUCGAGUGGUGGGACGAAGACGAUUUCCGCACGCGAGGCUUGGAGCGAUUGAUCCCUGAUCGCAGUUUGGUGCCGGCUGGUGAAAAAUCCCGGGUUGUGAAUAUUGUCGGUGCUGAGGUAUAUCCCUGUGGUGGGACACACGUCGAGACGACAGAUUUGUGUGGACCGGUUGCGGUGAAGAAGAUUUCAAGAAAAACCGGAAACUCUAGAGUCAGCUAUGUAGUGAAAUAA